AUGUUGUUGACAGAAUUUCAGAAGCAGCCAUCUCUUGGAAUUGGAAGUCUCACCCCCCCUGAUUUUGGAUUAGGGCCAGUUGUGCAAGCACUAACCAAUGACAUCUCUGGUAUUCGUUUAACUUUGGGAGAUGACCAUUAUAGAUGUAAGUUAACGGGUGACGGUACGUACACUGUUAGGUCAGUUAGAAAAGUUAUUGACAAACCCCCUAUCACUACUACGGGCACAAUGACAAUACAGUGGUAUAAGGUGGUCCCAAUCAAGGUGUUAUGUUUCAUUUGGAGAGCUGCACAAGGUAGAAUACCCGCAAUCGUUGCUUUGGAGAUGAGGGGUAUUAAGGUCAACUCACUGUUGUGUAGUGCGUGUAUCGGACAACAGGAAAGUGUAGACCAUGUUCUCAUUGAUUGCCCGUUUGCGUCCAGAAUUAGGAGCAAUAUCAUGAGCUGGUGUGGUGUAACGCUUGAUCAAAGUUUAAUAAGGAAUGCUGGAGAUAUUCUUCAAAUGUUCUCAAUUAAACUUCAAAUGACGUGA